GGCGGGGGGGCGCUUGUGCCACAGCGAUAUCUUGCGCCAUUGGUUGACAAUUGUAAAGAUAGCCAUGGGCCACAGCAAGUUGAGCACAACCCCGAGGAACCAUCCAAGCUGGCCGUAAAACCACAAGCUCACGGCGGACACGGUCAACAAUAGCGACAUUGCGAGGUCCACGGUGGGCAACCCAAUCGAUUUCGGAUUGUCCUGAAUGAACUGGGCCAAGUCGGCGUCACUCAGGGGGUCCGUAUACAUAAGGUAGAGCGACGACUCGCAAAUGCCAAUUAUCGACCACCCCGACGCAAACCAAAUCUUGCCGAGGUACCACACAGAAAUGAGCGUCGACUUGUCGUCGGUGGGGCACUGGAACAGCACCGAUUGGAUGAUCGUAAACAUGAGCGCGUUGAUCACGCCCGCGGUGGUCCACGUAUUCCGAGUCGCUUCCCGAGUGCCCACUGACUCUGACUUUUCUUCGACCAUGUCAAAAGCAACAAAGGACGAAAACACAUGUCGACAGAGCACCACGCACGACACGAGCACCGUGUAUGGCAUCGCAAAGAACAAAGCCUGCUCCGUUGUUGUGAGUCGACCCGUCUUGAUGGUUGAGCCCACAAUGCCGAUAGUCAUGUUGUAUACCGCUGUAACCACGACGGCGCCAGUGAUGUUGCGAAACACGCGUUCUGUCGCCGCUUGUCUAGCUAAUGUAGAUGCAGAUAUGUCACUGCUACCUGUACACACCAUCGUGACUGUUCCGUGACAGGCGACUUUGACUUGCGCCAUGAAAUGGUGGUUGUCAGUUUCAUUACCGG